CCGAAGGGCAAAAACCCGGGGAGAUCUGAUCUCGAAGAGGAACCACAAAGAUGGUGAAAUUCCUCAAGCCCGGGAAGGCCGUGAUCGUCCUCCAGGGCCGCUACGCCGGCCGGAAGGCCGUCAUCAUCCGCAACUUCGACGACGGCACGAGGGACCGCCCCUACGGCCACUGCCUUGUCGCCGGGAUCAAGAAGUACCCGAGCAAGGUCAUCAAGAAGGACUCCGCCAAGAAGACAGCAAAGAAGUCGCGGGUGAAGGCGUUCGUGAAGCUCGUCAACUACAGGCACCUGAUGCCCACUCGCUACACCCUCGACGUCGACCUCAAGGACGUCGUCGCCGUCGACUCCCUCCAGAGCAAGGACAAGAAGGUCACCGCCGCCAAGGAGACCAAGAAGAGGCUCGAGGAGCGGUUCAAGACCGGCAAGAACAGGUGGUUCUUCACCAAGCUCAGGUUCUGAUUUCAGUCCGUUUGUGAAAUGGGGUCGUGUUAGGGCAAGAUUCGAUUUUGAUCCUUUUGUUUUCAAUUCAUGGAUUGAGUGAACGAUGAAUGAGGCGAGCCUGGAUUCCGCUGUAGUGGCUAAUUAGGAGCUUGAACAUCUCAUUCAAUUUUGAAAUGUGUUACUACUGUUAAUGUUUCAGUGUUGGAUCUGUUUCGGGUUG